CAGGAAAUUAUCAAAACCAACGUAAAAAUGUAGGAAGUGUAGUGUGGCACACUGAUUGAAUGUAUGUUUAAACAUUUUGUUGCUAUCGCUCAUAAAGUGCGAACAAUAUGGAGAACUUUUAUAUACUAUGGAGCGAAGAAAACCGUCAAUACCAUAGUCCGAAACAAUUUCUUCCCCUACUGCCAUUAACACUUUUAGCGCUAGGAAUUAGAUAUAUAAUAGAGACAUUUUUAAUAAGACCAAUGGGAGUAUACUUAGGAAUACCACCAGACCAACCUAUUCAUUCAAUCUCUCUAUUAGAAAGGACUUCCAGACCCAGUAAGUUGACAAGAUUCACGGAGAGCUGUAUAAAACUCCUAUGGUAUUCCUUUAUCUGGAUAUUUGGAAUGGCAGUUUUAUGGAACAAGCCUUGGUUAUGGGAUAUUAAUGCAAGUUGGACCGAUUUCGGAAACGAUCCAGUCAGCGUUGAUCUAUGGUUCUAUGGAAGCUUAACUAUGGUGUACUACAGCUCAGCGUGCGUAAGUCAGCUGUGUCUAGAUGUGAGACGUAAAGACUUUUGGAUUAUGUUUUUACAUCAUAUCACAGUCGUGGUGUUGGUUUCUAUCAUUUGGAUUUUUAAACUACAUCGAAUAGGCUCUUUAGCCCCUGUUAUGCACGACGUUAAUGAUAUCAUCCUGGAACUUUCAAAGUGUCUUAAGUAUCUGAAAUAUCCUAAAUGGCCUGAAAUAUUUUUUGUACUUUUUGCCAUUUUUUGGAUAAUAACCAGGUUAAUAAUUUUACCAUUUUGGUAUGUAAGAGCUUGUUUAGAGGACUCCGGAGGUGCUUUAUCGAAAGCCUCUGUAUAUUACGUUUGGAACGGGAUUUUCCUGGUUCUUUUGUUUCUAGACAGUAUUUGGACUGUUUUGAUUUUUAAGGUAAUUAAAAUAAUUAUUCAAGAGGGCUCUGCUGUGGACAUUCGAUCUGACGAUGAAAGUAGUUCGGAAGAGGAAUUAAAGGAUGAAUAGUCUUAUAUUUAUUUGUGUAAUACAAAUUUGUUAUUGAAAUUGUAUUCUAUACAUAAUUAUAUUUUUAUAUAAAUG